UUUCUCUCUCCAGAGUCCACGACAGAGCAGUGCAGGCUUUCUUUGCUGCAGCUCUCUCUCUCUCUCUCUCUUUCUAUUUCUCUAUCUCUCUCUCUAAUGUGCUCUCUCUCUCUUUCUCUCUCUCUCACACACUCUCUCACUCUCACAGCGGCCCAUGCAUGGAGUGAUGCUGCUGCAGCGCGGCGGUGAGGAAGGGAGGGGUUGCUGCUCCACUUUGCUGGCGCGCGCCGACCCCGCUCCUCUACAGUACAGCGGCUCAUAGCCGAGAGCUCGCGCUGGCGGGGAGGGAGGGGAGCCGGACUGCAGCAGCGCAGAAUCCCGUCCCACAGCGGCUCGAGCCGGCAUGCUCUGAGCGCCCGGCCCCGGCGUCUUCUAGGGGCUUCCUUUCUCUCCUUUGCUUUUUUUUGCAGUUUGGUGCAUUUCUGACUGCUCUUUUUUAAAUGUUCAUUUAAUUUCCCCCCAAUGCGACCACCGAUCCCACCCCGUCCAGCGCGAGCCCCCCUGCCGCUGCUUCGCUGCUGAUUCAGAAGAGCGCGCGGUGACAUCGAUUAUGGCUCUGGUUAUGGAACCUAUAAGCAAAUGGAACCCCAAGCAAGUGCUGGACUGGAUGAAAGGCUUGGAUGACUGCCUGCAGCAGUACAUUAAGAACUUUGAGAGGGAGAAGAUCACGGGCGAACAGCUCCUCCACAUCACCCACCAGGAGCUGGAGGAGCUCGGGGUCACCCGCAUCGGCCACCAAGAACUCAUACUGGAGGCUGUGGAUCUGCUGUGUGCACUGAACUAUGGUCUGGAAACCGAAAACCUGCGGACCCUUUCACAUAAGCUCAACGCCUCGGCGAAGAACCUGCAGAACUUCAUCCUGGGCCGACGCAGAGGCGGCCACUAUGAUGGAAGGGCCUCUCGACGCCUGCCCAACGACUUCCUCACCUCAGUGGUGGACCUCAUAGGAGCUGCCAAAAACCUGCUAGCCUGGCUCGACAGGUCGCCCUUCGUCAGUGUGACGGAGUAUUCACUACUGAAAAACAACAUUGUUCAACUGUGCCUGGAGUUAACCACAAUAGUACAACAGGACUGUACUGUGUAUGAAACUGAAAACAAGAUUCUUCAUGUGUGUAAAACAUUGUCUGGAAUAUGCGACCACAUCAUCUCCCUGUCCUCGGACUCUUUAGUGUCUCAGUCGGCUCACUUGGAAGUGGUGCACCUGACCAAUAUUAUGCCCAGCGAAGGCCUGGGGAUGUACAUCAAGUCGACGUACGACGGGCUUCACGUGAUCACGGGCACCACGGAAAACUCUCCUGCUGACCAGUGCAAAAAGAUCCACGCUGGGGACGAGGUCAUCCAGGUCAAUCACCAGACUGUGGUGGGCUGGCAGCUAAAGAACCUGGUUAACGCGUUACGUGAGGAUCCUAAUGGUGUUAUUCUCACCUUGAAGAAAAGACCACAGAACACUUUAACGUCCACCCCCGCCCUGCUGAAGAACGUGCGUUGGAAACCUCUCGCUCUCCAGCCCAUCCCCACCAGUCCUAACAGUGACUCCACCACCCCAACCAGCACCAUGGGCAUGUCUUCCAAGAUAGAUGGCUCUAAUAUGCAGGACGUAUUCAUCCUGUCCCCGGUUUCAGGUCUCUAUGGAACGAGAGAUGAGUUGGGCAUCAUGUCCUGUGAUGACAUCAGCAAGUACAGCAUGAGCAAGUCCAGUUCCAAGUGCUCAGAAUCCCUCAGCUACUAUCUGGACCAGGAGAGCGGCAAGUAUUACUCUCUGGUGGAGGGUGAAGGCAUCCCGAUCGGACCGGAGUACGACCGAGGCCGGUCCACAGGGGUACGUAGGAGAGACAAGACUCCCACUCACGGUGAUCUGAGGCCUGUGUCCAUGCCCCCGGAGUACAACUGGAUGGCUGAAAGCAAGGAGCCCAAUAUGUACAAGAGGGGCAGCCGAGAUUCAGAAACGUCUCUCCUCCGCUACAUGACUGAUGAUAAGAUCCUCGUCAUCCAAGAGGAACCGGACGCGCCAAGGGAAUGCAAGCGGGACACCAGCCGCCGCUCCCGCAAGAAGGGCAAGAAUCCCAGCAGCCCCAGCUUUCCAAUCAGCCCCUCGCUCCUGGCUUCCACUGUGCGGCUGGAUGCAGCGGCGCCGCCUGACAGCCUGCCCUUCCCGCUGCCCGAGAACAACACUGUGCCACUUUACCACCAACAGAGAGCCGGUGACACACUGCGAGCAGAACCCGAGAGAUAUCCAGGAUCUGGAAUAGAAAUACAAGGAGGAACGUCGAUGAGGAAGUCAUUCCACUAUACGUCAUUAAGAACGAAAACCAAAAAGAGAACUAAAGGGUCUCUGACCAGCGGCAGCCGCAGGAAAAUCUCCUGUAAGGAUCUGGGCCACGGUGACUGUGAAGGCUGGUUAUGGAAGAAGAAAGAUGCCAAAGGGUAUUUCACUCAGAAGUGGAAGAAAUACUGGUUCAUAUUAAAGGAUUCUUCUCUCUACUGGUACACCAACCAAAAUGAUGAGAAGGCUGAGGGCUUCAUCAGCUUGCCCGAGUUCAGAAUUGACAGAGCGAUCGAAUGCAGGAGGAAAUUUGCAUUUAAAGCUUGUCAUCCCAAAAUCAAGAGCUUCUUCUUCGCCACAGACUGUUUGGAGGAAAUGAACAGAUGGAUGAACAGGCUGGGGCUGGCAGCUAUUGGUUACACACCUGACGACAAAGUGCCACGGCCGGAUGAGGAUUACUGGAGUGAAAGUGAUCAGGACGAUAUAGACGGAUCCAUGACUCUGAAACAGGAGGGACCUUCUUCACUCUGUGACACCUACCAUCGGACACCCUCGGUUCACAAGCUGCACUGCUCUGAGCCGCAGGCCGCACCGCUGCCGCGCUCGCAGAGCUCCGUGAACCUGAUGCGCUCCACUCCCUCCCCUCUUCUCCCGCAGGUCAACUCAUCCAGCCCCUUUCCUGAGCCCAAGCACGGCCGGCACUUCUCCAGCGAGUCCACCUACUCCCACUCCUCGGCCGAGGACUCCCGGGGCGGCGAGGGCGGAGGGGGAGGCGGGGGAUCCAGCAGCACCCACUCCUCGGGCUGCCGCUCCAACCACCGCGAGCGCCGCUCCUGGCAGGACCUGAUCGAGACGCCGCUGACCAGCUCCGGGCUUCACUUCCUGCAGACGGUUCCGACUGAGGGGGAGCACGGCUACGAUGGUGGGCCCGGAGGUGGAGGAGGCCGCAUGCCUCUGUCUCCCGAACGCAGGAGACAGGCCACUCUGCCGGUGCGGAGACAUCACGUGGACCGCGAGGGGCCUUUCCCCCUGGUAGGCACUGAGGACAGGGGGCACCAUAUGCACCACAAAGCCCACAAGCAGCGAAGUCAAAGCCUGCCACGGAAUCGAGAGGUGAGGGCCAGGAGUCUGCUGCAGGGUCACGGUGAGGAGAAGAGCGAGGACGAGGACGUGCAGCAUACAAGGCAUGGAGAGGACAGCCAAGAGGCAAACGAAGAAUAUAAAAGACAUUCUGCGGAUGGAUUGGAGGAGCUCUAUCAUUCUCUGGAGCAGGCCAGCCUUUCUGCCAUUGGUGAAACGCGACCAACCACAAAGCAGGAGCUCCGUCGCUCCUUCCUCAAGCGCUGUGGUGAUCCCAUCAUAAAUGACCAACUGCACCAUGUCCGAAUCCUCAACAGCACAUUAAAGGCGAAGGAGAACGAGCUGGCUAUAAUCAAUCAGCUGCUGGAGGACCCGGGACUCACGUCGAAGAAAUUCCGCGAGUGGAAGCAGUGGCACCACGACCUUUUCCUGGACAUUUGCGAGUUUAGCUCAGGCAACAACGGGGCAGCCGAUCUGUCGCCGCUGGCAGCUCCUCUCAUGACCCACACACAUUCCUUCAUCGAGACCCACGUGUGAGACGACGCCCAAAUGGAGAUGUUGGGAUGCACUCCGCUGCUGCCUCAGUUCUUUAUCCAUCCUUCUUCGAAUCCUCCUUUCUUCCCACGACGACGCCGAACCAACUGACUGACCAACCAACCACUGUUACGUGUGUAAAUACGGCCGAGAGGACGAAGCAGACGCGAGGCUCGAUGUAUAGAAUACUAUAUAUUCUCUGAUUAGCGACCGUGAUUAGAGCGAGUGACCUCUGCAGGAUGCCUAUUGCAUGUGUGAAGAUAAAGCAUUCUCCCUUCUGUUGAAUGACACAAACCAGAAAGCUCUGAAGAAAAGUUCUUUUUACUACUUUUGAUUAGAUUAGCUUUUCCUUUUGGUAUCUCCAGUUGGGUUGCAAAGUGUUAUUGGAGGAAAAGUAGUAGUAGUAGCAAUACAGAGGGAAGCGUCUCCACCACAACACUGUACUUUCAUACUAAACUUUGCACCCAUGAUGCUCUGAAAACUCUAUUCUCUACAUACUAUUCUUACUGCUGAUUAUUAUUAUUAUUAUUAUUAUUAUUAUUAUUACUACGACUAUUAGAAAUGCAAAUCGAAAAACUAACAUCAGGAGUGAUCUAAGCAUUGGUCUUUCCAGGCUUUUCACUGGAACUAAUCCCAUGAAGGUGAGAAGGGUAUCUAACGGAGGCGACAUCUGACGACAGAAAUACAAGACCUUCAUGUUUGCUUAGAAGUAGCCACUGUUUUAAACUGUGAACUAUUCUUGUGAAUGCAAUCUUUCGAUUCUGUGUGUACAGGAUCUCCUAAGACGUUUGUUUUGUAGAAAAGCAUAGAAAACUAUAUAAAAAAUAGAUAUAUACGUAAUUACAGUACAUUGCUUGAAUGGUUACUUGUUGCUUAAAAGGUGUAGAUGGAAAAUCCCAUUCUGGAAUUAGACCGAUUGACUCUCUCCAGUUCUCAUGGAUUGGUUGUUCCAUUCAACAAUAUCAUUUCCUUUGCUUUGUUCGUUUGGUAUGGGUUGUCAUCUCAGUCCAAUGUUGUGCUGCAGUUAUACAUACGAGCAUAUACAAGCACAUUAUUAUAUGAGGGCGUGAAAUUAUGCGUAGAUAUAAAGAUGCACUACAAAGAAUGCACUUUCUGUUACUGCAUCACAGAGUCGAACUCGAAGGCUGAGGAAUCCAGUGCUCUGGGUUUUGAGUAAUGAGAGCUGUGUACAGUCUAUAAGAAGUAUUUUUGGAAAUUUGAGUUUGAGUGAUUGUCUAAAUCAAAAAUGGAUAGCAUAGAAUUACAUAUAUAGCAGAUUUACAUAUAUUAUUAUAUGAGGGCUGGGUUUCCCAAAAGCAUCUUGAGCAAGGGGUUGAACAAGCAUCACACUAAAUACAGACAGUUAUGUUUGGCUAUUUUCUUUUAAGUCAGGAGAUAUAUAAAUUAAAUAUUUUAGAAAUAUAAAUUUUUUGUGCAAUUUAACAACAAUAUACCAGGUUAGUUUAGUACACCAGCUUAGCUUAAACAGGUUUGAUAGUUGCCCAGCUAACAAUUAACAUUCUUAGUCAAGUAUUCUGGAUGUUCUCAGGACGUUUUUAUUUAACAUUUCUAGUAACAUUUCUGUCAAUAUUUUAUUUGUUAUUUUUGGGAAUGAUACUUAAAAGAAAUGAAAGGAUUUAAAGGAAUUCUACCCCACCGGCUCCUCCCCAGAUGCAAAGCUCACGCAGGUUGCCAGAUUAACACACAGCGUCAAGCAUCGGUUCUUACCCUGUAGCUGAUCAGUUAAUAUAUACAUUUCUGUGUCCAAAGUAACUGUCUCUGCUACACCAGUGGUGGGGAAAAAUAUAGUCAGCAACUUGACUGAAGCUCAGUGAUUAUGUGUUCAGCAGAAAAAUAGUCAGCUCACCUAUUCCCAUGGCUGCAGCACACUGUUUGCGUGUUGUUUAUACCUGACAACCCUGAGUGUGGAAAUGGGACUGGGG